UGCAACGACAAGUCAUCGAAAAUUAAUCACUUUUUAAUUGGAAUUUUUACAAAUUUAAUGCAAAAAUGUCACGUUUAGCGACUCUCUUCCGGAGCAACAGCGACGCUGACGUUAUCCAAGACUCACGUUUCGAAGCGCGAUCAAAUAAUAUUCCAAAAGGGGAUCUCGAUUGUGGAAUUGUGUCGCUGGGAUGGUGCAAUUCACUCGCAUGCCAACGUCUGGGCAACUCUAAUACGUUUUUGGCAGUUUUUUGUGUCGCUGGACUCUUACAGGGCGCCGUAACGAGCUAUUUUCGGAUAUCGGCGAAACAGGUGGCACUCCAAUAUGACUUCGAUCCGAAUUUGAUAGAUUGGUUGCUGGUUGUCAGCGGAUUGACUCAAGGAGUGUUUGCGAUAUUGGUUGCGUAUUGGGGACAUCGGAUUCACCGAAUUUCCUGGCUCGGAGGCAUUCUGAUGUUACAAGCGUGCCUAAUUGUCAUGGGAAUUAUACCGACACUCGUUAAGAAAGACACAGGCCCCAUUGAAACAGCCAAGGUCACCGAUUUGUGUUUCGAAUAUGUCGCAGGAAGACUCGGCAGUGCGCGUUCGCAUGCCAUAACGACGCAAAUAAUGCUUUUUAUCGUGCAAUUCGGCAUCGGAAUGGGAAAUGUGGCUUUUUAUUGUCUCGGAAUCUCGUAUUUGGACGACAAUUUGAAGGAGCAUGAGAGUCCAGCUUAUAUCGCGGGAGCUUUGGCUGCUUAUUUAUGGGGAUCGCAGUUCGGAUCGGCAGUUGCCUUUCUCGUAGAAGGUCUGAAAGCUGGUUGGUGGAUGGGAUGGACCAUUUUAACGCCUUUAGUCUUCACAAGUGGACUUUUAAUUGCACUUUUUCCACGUCGCUUGCUGAAAACUGCCAUUCAACUUGCUGCCAAUCGAAUUCUUGAGACGAUGUCAACAGCUCAAAGUUUGUCACCGAUGCGAUAUCUUGCAGAUAUUGCAUUUUGGCCUUCCAUACGACGAAUGAUCGCGAAUAAACUUUUGAUGUUCAACGUCGUUGGGUUCAUGCUGCUGCAAACGGCGAUCAUAAACUUCCAAGCGCAAGAAGAAAAAUAUCUGCAAUCGAGGUUUUUCCUUCCGACAUCCGAAGCUGAUGGAUUGAGCGACGAAUGGACCUCACGAUUGAUCACUUACCUGUUAACACCUCCUUUAGUUGGAUUAUCAUGUCUGGUCGCGGGAUUAAUUAUUGCCAAAAUAAAUCCGUCACCGAGAAAAUUGGCUGGAUGGAACUUGAUAACGUCAAGUAUUGUCGCGCUUUUAUUCAUCGCUUACAUUUUCCUGAAAUGUCACAACGGGCAAAUCGCUGGCAUCCGCAAUGGAAAUCUCAUGCAACCGCCUUGCAGUUCAAAUUGUUUGUGCAAAAAUACACAAUUUUAUCCUGUUUGCCCCAAGGAUAGUUUUCAAACGUAUUUUAGUCCUUGUCAUGCGGGAUGCACGAAUGAAGAUCAACUUAACGGGAUAAAAGUCUUUACGAAUUGCAGUUGUGGCGCUGAUACCCAAACACGAUUGGAUUUUACUGCUUUGAAUCGAAUUGCGACCGAUGGAGCUUGCAAUAAUGGCGGAUGUCAAAAGUUUUGGAUCACAUUUCAAGCUUUGAAUGCCAUUGGAGCUGCGUUAUUAGCUUCUAGUUUGAUUGGAAAUUUGUUAAUUACCAUCAGAAGUGUGUUGCCGCAAGAUAAAUCGCUCGCUUUGGCAUUCCAAUUGAGUGCUGUGGGACUUUUUGCGUAUAUUCCGGGCAAAGUUUCGUAUGACGCGGUAGCUCGAAGUACUUGUGCACUUUGGUCAUCAACGGGAGGCACAAGAGUGUGUCGACUCCAAGAUAAUCCGACCUAUGGGAAUAUUAUCAACAUUUUAACAGCCUCUUUGAUCCUUCUAGCGACACUUUUUGAAGCUCUCGUCUAUUAUUACGUCGAUUACUUACCAAUUUAUGGCGAAGAAGAUUAUUACAUCAACGAUAGUUCAACUGAAAUGCAUCUUAUCAACCCAUCACAGCCUCCGGCACAACUUACAGCUCAACCAAAAGUCAUUGAAUCAACAAAAGAAGAAGAACCAUCAUCAACUGCGCCAUUAAUAACGGAACAACCGCUUCCUGAAGCAACAUCUCCCGUGCCAAGCAGCUUAUUAUCAGGCUCCCUGAACUCAAAUCAGCUAGAAACCAUGAGAAAUUUACCAAAUCGGGCCUCAAUUCAACCGAAAAAGGGAUAUGAACAGAAUUUAGCUGACAUUUUACGAACUGCACCCAUUAUGAAGGCACAACGCGAUGAACGUCUCUCAAGAACGCUUCCGCCACAGACUUCCGAUGAAAUAGAACAACUUAAUUUUGAGCCACAAAUCCUUCAAAAAACUUCUCCGGUCAAAAUUCAAGAGAAUUCUGAACCGAAAAAGUCCUUCAGUGACAGAUUUCAGACAGAACCGCUCCAGAGACCGCCAAAUCUAGUACUGGAAGAUUCAAAUAUCAACAAAAGUCAGUCGAAUUUGGCUCCGUUAACGCCUGUGACGCACGUGAGAUACGAUUUGACGAACCAGAGACCACUGAGUCCCGAAACAGAUUUCUAGUUUCGCUUAAAUUUCUUUAUUAAUCAUUUUUAAAAUAUUUUUUAUAUAAAUUUUAUACGAUAAAUUAACGUCUAAUAAUAAAAUAAGUCGAUAUUUUAGUGACAAUUGUGAAAAAAUACAAAAAAUCUUAAUGCUAAAAUUAACUUAAGUUGAUUUUUGUAUAAAUAUUUACAUCAUUUUUGGUUUUUUUUUAUAGUAUACUUAAAAGUUAGGUCUUUGUAAAAUAUCUCUAAACGCGACAAUUUCAAUUCAAAAGUACAGACAGACAGACAAAAAAUGAUUGCUUGAUUGUUUUUUCACGUGAAUCGGUCUAAUUUUGUCGCACGGGAUGCAUGCCAUAGACACUGUGUUGCUGCAUUUGUUGCUGAUGCAUUUGCUGGGUGCCUCCAUUGGGGUUUGUGCUGAUCUGUGAUUGCUUUGUGCUUGUGGCGUAUUGAUCGAUUCGUUGUUGUGGCGGUCCGUUGGCGCUGUUUUUGCUCGAUGGGCGAUCGCUGCAACUGCUUGACAUCUGUUGUUGCAUCGAAGGCGCCGCUCCGUAUGUGGGCAAUGGUUGAGGCGCAUAGUUGGAGAUGCUUGUGCUGCGAUUCGGGGGCGUUAAAGAUGAUCCUUGGUACGAUCCGUAGGAACUGUCGUCACUUUGGGCUGAUUGUACGCGACGUUGGGAUGAAGUGCCGUACACUGAAUCGGGGCGUUGUUGCUGUUGGCGGUAUUUGGAGUCGUCACUGUUGGAGAAAUAAAGAGAAAAUUGUUAGUUUUGUGAUUUUUUUAUAAAAAAAUUGGUUGAUUUUUACUUUUUGUCACAUUAGGAUUUUGAAUUUAAGAUUUUUUACAAAAAAUAUUUAUAUUUUAUUUAAAGUUUAUUUUUAAUUAAAUA